GAGGGGGGGGGCGCCCGCACCGGGAGCGGCACCGGAGCGGCACCGCGACCGGGAGCGGCACCGCCGGCAGCGGGAGCGUCUGCCCCGGGAUCACCGGCCCCGCCCGCCGCCUCCCGGUACCGAGCCGAGCCCCGCCGGCCCCACCAUGAUGAAGUUUCGGUUCCGGCGGCAGGGCGCCGAGCCGCACCGCGAGCGGCUCCGCCACGACCUCUUCGCCUUCAGCAAGACGGUGGAGCACGGCUUCCCCAGCCAGCCCAGCGCCCUGGCCUACGACCCCUGGUUGCGCGUGAUGGCCAUCGGCACCAAGGCGGGAGCUGUCAAGCUGUACGGUGCACCUGGUGUGGAGCUGACGGGUUUGCACAAGGAGACGGCCACCGUCACCCAGCUGCACUUCCUGACUGGGCAGGGCUGGCUGCUGUCCCUGCUGGAUGACAACUCGCUGCACCUCUGGGAGAUCUACCAGAAGGAAGGCUGCUCCCACCUGGAGGAGACGCGCAGCUUCGGGCUGCCCGCACGCCCCGGCUGCUCCCCCAGCAUCACACGGGUGACGGUGAUCCUUCCCAUGGCCCCAGGCACUGUGGCCUGCCUGGGCACUGAGGGUGGAGCAGUGUACUUCCUUGCACUGCCUUCCCUUGUGCUGCUGGAAGACAAAACCCUCCUCCAGGAUGAGAUCCUACAAAGUGUGCCCGAUGAUUACCGCUGUGGGAAGGCACUGGGGCCAGUGGAAUGCAUUCAGGAGCACCCCCAGGAUGCUGGGAGGCUGCUGAUCGGGUACAGCCGGGGGCUGGUGGUCCUGUGGGACCAGAGCACACGCACUGUGCAGCAUCUCUUCCUCGGGAACCAGCAGCUGGAGAGCCUGGCUUGGGAGCACAGCGGGAAGAACAUCGCCAGCUCGCACAGUGACGGCGGCUACAUGGUGUGGGCAGUGGGCGGCAGUGGGCAGCGCACCCAGCAGCCCAUCACAGCCACCGUCCCCUAUGGUCCGUUCCCGUGCAAAGCCAUCAGCAAAAUCCUGUGGCGGACGUGUGAGUCGGGCAACCCCUUCAUCAUCUUCAGUGGCGGCAUGCCACGGGCCAGCUACGGCGACCGGCACUGCGUCAGUGUGCUGCAGGGCCAGAGACUCGCCACGCUGGACUUCACCUCCCGCAUCAUCGACUUCUUCACAGUGCAGGACCCUGAGGUGCCGGAGGGAGGCUUUGAGAACCCCCGUGCCCUGGUGGUGCUGGUGGAGGAGGAGCUGGUGGUGAUCGACCUGCAGACGCCGGGCUGGCCCACCAUCCCUGCUCCAUACCUGGCCCCGCUCCACUCCUCCGCCAUCACCUGCUCCUACCACAUCUCCAACGUGCCCCUCAAGCUCUGGGAGAGGAUUGUCAGUGCUGGGGAGCAGCAGAGCCCACGCCUCUCCUCUGCAGCCUGGCCCAUCAAUGGAGGGAAGAACCUGGCCCAGGAGCCCACGCAGAGGGGUCUGCUUCUCACUGGGCACGAGGAUGGCACGGUGCGCUUCUGGGAUGCCUCGGGGGUGUCCCUGAAGCCGCUGUACAAGCUGGGCACCGCCAACAUCUUCCAGACCGACUGUGAGCACAACGACAGCCUCAACCAGGCGGGCGAGGAGGAGUGGCCGCCGUUCCGCAAGGUGGGCUGCUUUGAUCCCUACAGCGAUGACCCCCGUCUGGGCAUUCAGAAGAUCGCUCUGUGCAAAUACACAGCCAAGAUGGUGGUGGCCGGCACAGCUGGGCAGGUGCUGGUGAUGGAGCUAAACGAUGACAAGUCUGAGCAUACCGUCAGUGUGGCCACGGUGGAUCUGCUGCAGGACCGCGAGGGUUUCACCUGGAAGGGCCAUGACCGCCUGGCACCCCGGAACGGCCCCAUCACCUUCACCCCUGGCUUCCAGCCCAGCGUCCUGGUGCAGUGUGUGCCCCCUGCCGCCGUCACCGCCAUCACCCUACACUCCGAGUGGAACCUGGUGGCUUUCGGUACCAGCCAUGGCUUUGGGCUCUUUGAUUACCACCGGCGCAACCCGGUGCUGGCCAGGUGUACGCUGCACCCCAAUGACUCGCUGGCCAUGGAGGGGCCCCUGUCCCGUGUCAAGUCCCUCAAGAAAUCCCUGCGGCAGUCCUUCCGACGCAUCCGCAAGAGCAGGGUGUCAGGCAAGAAGAGGCUGAACGCCGGCAGCCCCUCCAGCAAGGUGCAGGAGGCCAACGCACAGCUGGCUGAGCAGGCGGGCCCCCCCGAGGUGGAGAUGACGCCGGUGCAGAGGCGCAUCGAGCCCCGCUCGGCUGAUGAUUCGCUCUCCGGGGUGGUGCGGUGCCUUUACUUCGCUGACACCUUCCUCAGAGAUGCCACCCACCAUGGCCCCACGAUGUGGGCAGGGACCAACUCAGGCUCAGUGUUUGCCUACGCCCUGGAGGUGCCAUCACAGGAGAAGUUUUCAGAGCGGGCGGUGGAGGCGGUGCUGGGGAAGGAGAUCCAGCUGAUGCACCGUGCGCCUGUGGUGGCCAUCGCCGUGCUGGACGGGCGGGGGAACCCACUGCCAGAGCCCUAUGAGGUGUCACGGGACCUGGCCAAGGCUCCCGACAUGCAGGGCAGCCACUCCAUGCUCAUCUCCUCAGAGGAGCAGUUCAAGGUCUUCACGCUGCCCAAGGUCAGCGCCAAGACCAAGUUCAAGCUGACUGCACACGAGGGCUGCCGGGUGCGGAAGGUGGCCCUGGUCAGCCUGGCCAGCACCGGCACUGAGGAGCGUGUGGAGAACUGCCUGGCCUGCCUCACCAACCUGGGCGACAUCCACAUCUUCACCGUGCCCGCCCUGCGGCCACAGGUGCACUACAGCUGCAUCCGCAAAGAGGACAUCAGCGGCAUCGCCUCCUGCGUCUUCACCAAGCACGGGCAGGGUUUCUACUUGAUUUCGCCGUCCGAGUUUGAGCGCUUCUCCUUGAGCGCCAGGAAUGUGACAGAGCCGCUGUGCUGCCUGGAGGUGUCCCGGCUGCAGGACACCUCGUGCCUCAGCAACUCAACGGCGACGCCGAAGGUGCAGCAAGCCAAUGGCACACACGUCCCACACAGCCCUGAGGCCAACCAUUCCCCUGCUGACAGUGACCGGUCCCCCGAGGAGCGCCAGGCCACCUUCUCGCCUGGCUCCGUCGACUCUCCCAACAGCAGCAUGGAGAACCCGCUGGACACCACUGGGGACAUCACGGUGGAGGAAGUGAAGGAUUUCCUGGCAUCCUCAGAGGAAGUGGAAAGGAACAUGAGGAACGCCAGUGAGGACGAGAUGCGACCCGCAGGCAUCCUCAUCAAGUGAGGCAUCGCCGAUGCCCGCAGCCCCCCCAGCCCAUCUCAGUGUUCGGAUUCCCGGGAUGCGUGACUUGACUGGACCCCCCCGGCCCCCUCAGUGUAACGUAGACUCGUCUCCUCUCUAACAUCUGCGCCCCGGCUCCGGCACACUCCCCCCACACCUCCUUGCCUGGCUGCCGGUCCCAGACCCCCAGGCUGGUCCCGAGUUGGGGGGGGGGGGGGGCCGUGUUGCACAAACUCUUCCCGGGGAAGAUUUUUUUUUUUCCACAUGGUCCGGUGUAGCUGUUCUCUGCUCCAGAGCCCCCAGCCCAGGGGAUGCUGCUGGUGGGGAGGGGAAGAAGGCUGUGAUGGCUUUUGCCCCCCCAAUAUGCCUCCUGGUUUUGGUCCCUGAGGGAGGCACAGAACAAAGGGGGAGGGCUGGGAACCCCCAGCACGGCCCCCCCAGACCCCUGUCUCUGUUUACAUGCCCGGCUCCCUGCAGUUUACAGCCCCUCCUCUGAGUGCCACGAGGGUCCGGGCUGCCACAUGGGGACUGUCCCCUUCCUGGGACCCUCCUGUCCUUCUGCUGCUCCCCAGCUGGGUGCUGCAGGGCUUGGGGAGGGAGGGGUCACAGGUGGCCUUUUUCUCAUAGUGGUUUCUCCAAGGGCUAUUCUCCAGGCUGGGCUCCCUGCCUGCUGCUCCUUUCUGACACGAAUUCCUGCCAUGGGUGGGUUUGGGAUGGGAUCAUGCUGGGGGACGGGGAGGACAGGGGCAUGAUGCUGGCUCCCAGCCCUGUGCAACCCCCUGCCAUUCCCUGGGGGUGUCACUGUGCCAAAUUCCUGCUGGGCUCCCCAUCUCUGCAGGGGCUGUGGUGAUGUGGCUCUGUCCCUGUGGGGCUCAGCCUGGUGCCCGCCCCUCUCAUUCUGGGGAUCCCUAGGGCCCUUUUGGCCCCCUCCCCUCAACUCUCUUUUGCGGUACGUCUGGUCUGGGCCAGGGGGGGCCGGGAGAGGCAGCGCUGCGCCAGGCCUGUCCUGGCUGGGGCUGUAGUGUCCCUGGUAGAAAUCCCACCCCCCUCCCCUCCUCUCCCCUCCUUUUUUUUUUUUUUUU